UCCGCCACUUCCCCAUCCAAUCCUGCGAGCACCCGAUCAUCAAAACCAAACUGCGCACCGAUUUUGAUCACCCCCGGUCGAAUUUUGGCCUUCCAAAUCCAAUCGAUCGCCCGCCUAGCCAAGAAUUCGAGUUCAAGAUGGGCAACUGUUUCCACACAGCGCAUGGCCGUCGCGGCGUCGACGCCGUGCAUUGCACCAAGAAGAGCGCGGUGCCGGUGGAGGAGGAGAUGGAGAAGGCUACUCCACCGGUGAAGGAGGUGAAGAUCAGGAUCACGAGGAAGCAGCUGGAGGACCUGCUGCGGCGCCUCGACCAGGAGGACGGCUGCAGCGGCGCCGUCAUCUCGGAGCUCCUCUGCAUGACGAGCGGCUCCAAUUUCCGGCACAGGGGGCAGACCGCUCACUGGACGCCGGCGCUGCAGAGCAUACCGGAGUGAGAAUUCAUCCUCCUGCCGCUACAUAUAUAUUGCUAGUUAUACGGGCAGUGUAUUUAGUUAGUCGCCUCCUGCUGUGCUAGUGUGUAUUAGUAUUGUCGGUCCUGCUCGGAACGCACAAAUUGUGACGAUCCUUCAUUCCUGGUAUGUAGGUCUGAGAAUAGAUGAGGUUGAAAUAAUCUAUCUAUUGAAAAAAGAGCAGCCCCAGUGCAUGUAGCUCCCGCUUACGCAGAGUCUGAGGAAGUGUCCGACCACUUUGGGUAGAUAAUCUAUCUAUGUAAUUAAAGUAAAUAAACUCGCGGUGCAUUUUAGACA